AGAAUCCAAAAGGGACGUUUAUUGAAUACUUGAUCGAGGUCAUGACCGACCUAUCCAAGGUUAUAUUCACGGAUUCUCUUCCUGAACAUGAUAAACUCGUUGUUCCAAUCGAUCAAAUCAAGUCGACCAUAAAUCUGGCCCCCAACGGUCUGGGCGGUAAUAUGAUAUUGCAAAUAUCAGAAACCACGGUUCUGAAAGUCGGCUGGAGAGUCAACAUGGCUGAAGCGGAAGCAUUAAUUCUCCUUGCGGCCAAGACAAAUGUGCCUGUGCCAAAAGUCCUCAGCGCGUACAUGAUCGGUGACGUAGGAUUCAUCUUCAUGUCCAAGAUCGAGGGUGAAAUGCUUGCCACAUGCUUGGAGACCAUGUCUCGUGAGGAACUGCAAGCCAUUGCACGUCAACUGGAAUCCUAUAUCCUGGAAUGGCGGAAACUGGGCAGUUCUUUCUUGGGCACGGUGACGGGCGGCCCAUGCCAGGAGAUCCUCUUCAGACAUCCUUGGGAUUACAAAUCUACCAAGCAAUAUGGACCGUUCCAUUCCUUUACGCAAUACAAGCAUGCCGUGGUGGAAGCGCUCCGUCUGUCACGGCCAGUUGGGGUCUGGUAUGAAAAAGAGCAGAAGCUCAAAGAGAAGAUUCUGUCCUUCGGUGAUGAGAGAACUCCUAACCUGGGCGUCAUGACUCAUGGAGACUUACAUCCAGGCAAUAUCCUCAUCAAGGACGGAGUGGUCAGUGGGGUAGUAGAUUGGGGUGAAGCUGGGUACUCUCUUCCUGAGAGGGAGUUCUUCGCUGCUAAUCGGAUUGCUAUGGAUCCACCCUGGAUUGAAAUGGUUCACGCCUGCAUCCCCUCCUUCCCGAAAGAAAACGAACUGUGGGAUGGAGUUGAUCGGUCAAUGAUGCGAUACUCUCCCAUAUAGCCUUCAUCGCCCAUGCAAAGACAACUAACUAGACGCCACUAACCUCACUCCUGAUGGCCAGUGUUGCCCUUGCAACUUUUGAUGACCAAAUCCCUCUUCUACUUCGAGCGCGACUAGCUCGUCUAUUAAGCACCGGAAUACUAGCCGCUUGACUACAAGUCGUUGGUUGAUGGGAUGAGUUGAUCCUGCAGAAGGUAUAGGAAUGCCGAGCCUGCCAACAUGACUACCAGCAAGUAAUC